GGACUGCGCGGGCGGCGGCGGGCGGCGGGCGGCGCUGCGGCGGCGGGCGGCGGAGGGCGGCGGUGGAGGGCGACGGCUCCGUGCCCCGGCGGAGGGAGGCCAGUGCGCGCCAGCGGGCUCCCGGUGUCGGACGGUCAGCGCCGACAGUCAGCCUCGCCGCCGCCGAUAGAGCCCAGCCAUGCCGUCGAGGGUGCGCCAGCUCCUGGCGCUGCUGGUAAUCGCCGUGUGCGCCCUAGAUCUGCUCCGGCUCGCCGACGCCCGGCCAAACAUGGCCCGCUACACACGAGACAGGGAGGACAUGGCCAAGACCCUCACCUUCCUCCGGAAACUAGACGACUACUACUCCAAUGUGGCGCGGCCCAGGUUUGGAAAGCGGGCCUCGGAACCAGCGUAUUUCGACACCAUUGAAGUUGAUGAGGAGACACCCGUCUACGGUGGCCCGCUGAUCCGCCGGAGGUGAAAACGUCGCCGAAGUCGUCUCGAGUGAUAACAUGCCAACUUUAAAUUAUAUAUACCCGUAUCUUCACAGAAGCUAAUGACACCACGUCUCAUGCGCUAACACAUGGCGACGCUGCCGCCUCUGUUAGCCAUUUUGGAAGCCAUGGGCAUAUAAACGCGCCUUUAACCCCGCUCCGAGUCAUAAACAUAAAGAGCCGUUUAGAAUUUAUGCGGCGAACUUCGCCGCCCGGUUCCGCGCCAGUGAUCAGCCGUCGAAGGUGGCAGUUCCUGGUCAGACUCGUACGAUAAAAGUACUGUACGCCAUGUUAUAAACGCUCGUUUCGGCGCAGACAGGACGGGUCUCUGAAGUAGCAGCCUGCCCGGCAACCCGACUGCUGCCGAUGCCGGCUCUGGGUGCGGGGUACGCCGCGGUGGGGCUGGGCGUACUCCGGCCACCGGCACCGGUCGCACUCGGGUUCAGCGCCGGCCUGGUGCGCGUGCGCGGCCCCGGGGUGGAACGGCUGUCCCGCGUUGAUUGAGCUGUCAGUGUUCUGCGGGGUAGCGACAGCUCUCUACGGACCGUCGAACUCGGUAAAGAUCUGAUCCCUAUCAGGCGUAACAGGAGCCAGAUUAUAGCAGCCAAUAUACGCGCCAGCAUACCA